AUGCAAGUGCAAACAACCUCUAAACAAGCCCUUACAAGAAGAAAUGCAACAAAUAGUCUAUACCAGUAUUUAGGUGCAUGUAUUUAUACUUCAAUUAAAUCAUUCCAUUGGCAAUUUCUUAUUACAAAAUCUAAACGAUCAUCAAAAAGGAUGUUGGCAUAUUUCCCAAUAAAAAAAAUUCUUGAUGAGAAUGGAAAAACAAUAUUUGAUGAUGGAAUAAAUUAUUCAGUUACUAACGGUAAAUUAGAUUUUGACAAGAAUGGAUUUAUGAUUGAAGAUCCAAAAGAAAACAAAUUUGAUAAUCUUAAAACAAGUGCAAAAAUGAGAAGUAAUCAAUUAAUCUUAAUGCAUCUUUUUAAUGAAAUGUUUAAAAGAAAAAAUUUAGUUGAUCCUAAAGUUAGGGUAGAGUGCACUAAAUCUGCUACUGGAACUGAAAAAUUAACAAGUAAAAGACUUUCUUCUCUUCCAAUGUUUGAUUCCAAAUCAAACAGAUUCAUUUCUGAAAAACGAGAAACUGUUGAACAAACUAUUGGAAUGAAAGUACAUAAACUACUUUCUAUCUUUUUUCAAAACAGUAAUAAAGUUACUACAAUAUUUAUUGGUAGUAUAGAUUGUACAAAAGAGUCUAACUUUGAAGAUACUCAUUUUAUUUCAUUUUAUGAAUUUGAUGAAAAAUUUCAUAGUCUGGUUCUUGAUACUCAACAACAACAAACAUAUCAACUUGAAUCUGUUCAAGAAAGUAGUGGUGAAACAGAAGAUGAUUAUUGUCAAAAGAUAGAAGAAGUUGCUUUCUCAGAAUUUGAUUUCAUAUCCAAUGAUAAUUAUGCAAUAGAGGAAAAAUACUAA